AUGGAGUCGUCAGGCGCAACGGGUCGGAACAGUAAACUGGAAAGGAUCGCGACUCGAGAAUCCUAUACUUUCCAAGGACAAAAAGGAUGGCGGAGAUGGCGUGUACUCCAGCCUGGUCGAGGCAUGUAUCACGAUGUUAAGCGGAGACUGCCAUACUACUGGAGCGAUAUCACGGACGCCUUCACUUAUCGGGCUUUUGCAAGUACGGUCCGCAUGUACUUUGUCAAUGUGUUACCUGCUCUUGCUUUUACACUCGACAUGUAUCGUCGCACUGGUGGAUUCUUCGGCGUCAACGAAGCCCUGUUUUCAUCAGCGUUGGCAGCAAUGGUAUUCAGUCUACUCUCAUGUCAACCGUUGACAAUCGUUGGCGUAACCGGUCUGAUUGCGCUGUUCAACUAUACCAUCUACGAUAUCAUCACACUCUACGAACCCAGUAUAUAUCCGGCAUUCACAGCCUGGGUCGGUAUCUGGGCUGCCAUUUUCCACUGGAUUGUGUCGUUCGGAAACUUUUGUGAUUACAUGGCUUAUGUUACCGACUUUUCCAGCGAAACAUUCGGCUUGUAUGUUGGUAUUAUUUAUUGUGUCAAAGGUGUUGAGGAGCUUAUCUAUCUCUUCGAAGCCUCGGAAUUUGAGGGUGGCUACCUCUCUAUCGUCAUCGCGAUUCUUUACUUUGGCUCUGUCUACGGUCUCGAAAAGCUUGGAGGCAGCACCAUCUUCAACCCUUUCGUACGUGAUAUUCUAGCAGACUACUCUUUCGUCUUUCCUACGCUGUUCUGGGUCGGCUUUUCGCAUAUACCCGGACGAUUGAAAGACACCGACAUGUAUCGUGUUCCAAUUGUAGGGGCUUUCCAGCCGACUCAGGAUCGCGAUUGGGUGAUAGACUUCUGGAAUCUUGAUGUCAAGUGGGUAUUUGUAGCUCUACCGUUUGGGUUCUUGAUGAUGUUGCUAUUCUACUAUGAUCACAAUGUUUCUUCCCUUACCGCACAAGCCCGCCAAUACCCCCUCAAGAAACCCGCUGGCUUCCACUGGGAUUUCUUCCUACUUGGAUGUACCUGCUUCGUCAGUGGUGUUAUCGGGCUUCCUCUUCCCAACGGUCUCGUACCUCAAGCACCAGUGCAUACCGACUCCUUAACCAUAUACGAGACAAGGCUCAACAUUACGGAGACCAAAGAUGGCCACGAGAUUCGCAAACCAGAGGUUGUAGCUAUUGCUGUGGUUGAGCAGCGAAUUAGCCAUUUCCUUAUGGGCAUGGCCAUUUGGGGUACUAUGACAGGUCCCCUGCUCAUCGUCCUACAUACCAUGCCUGCAGCAGUCUUUGCGGGUGUGUUCUUUGUCGUUGGUUGGGGCUCCAUAGAAUCGAAUGGUAUCUUGGCCAAGAUAUGGUACCUAAUGUCCGAAAGACGCUUUCUUGAUCCGCAAAACCCCCUCAACACCGUCUCUCGCAAGAAGAUCGGUCUCUUCAUCUGUAUUCAAAUCCUGGGCGUUGCUUGCACAGUUGCCAUUUCCCAGACGAUUGCCGCUAUUGGUUUCCCGGUGCUUAUCAUUGCUCUUAUUCCCUUGCGCACUUUCUACAUGCCAAAAUGGUUUUCCGAGCAGGAAUUGGGAGUGCUAGAUGCACUGACCGCCGAUAAUCCAGCUGUGUUGGUCAGCUUUGGUGGAACACCAAGUGGCAUGAAGGGCAGUGGUGUCGGUGUUGAAACAAGAGAUGAAGAACAGGGUGAUGUGGAGAAGGCAGACAGUUCUGCGUUACAGAGUAGGCCACCAAGUGCUACUAGACAGCGUGAAGGUAGCAUUCAUAGAUAG